CAACAUAAAACAUGACAUUGAUACUUAUGGUGCUACGGUUCAGUUUCAUGCCACACUUGGGGACAUGGAGGCUAUUGAAAAGACAUUGCAAAAUUUCAAAGAGGAGUACUUUGCAACUGAGGAAGAUAAAAUCAUCGUUAAACUCCAAAUUCUUUUACCUCUACUACAAAAUGAAUUUCAGGAACAAGCAGAUCAGGCAAUAAGCAGUUUUGAUGUUUUGGUACACCCAUCCAUUAAACUGAAUGAUGCCAUUGAAAUGUGUGCGAAAUGCCUGCUCCAGAAUGGGUAUGUUGAGGAGGCCUUUCUUGUAUUCUGCAUUCCCAACAAAAGAGGUCGCUCAUUUGUACACUGCUUCCAUGCCAGCGAAGAAGCGAAGAAAGCUGAUAGCAUUGUCAAAGGUGUGAAAUUGUCCGUAAGAUUACUUCAGGAAUCUAGGAUCAAUUUGAGGAAGCUUUUCAUGGAUUCAUCAUCAUCGUCAUUGGCAUUCCUGACAAGAUUGAUGAAGGAACUAAAGGAAAAGAAUUUUGUUAAAGAUUCACAAGUGUUGAGAAAUUCCACUCUGGCCACAUGUCUUCGAUCCCCAUGGAAAGAUCUAGUGUUGAAGCUGGCUGAUAUGGAUUUAGCUACACUUGAAAAUUGGGCUGACAAGGAGCUAGCAAGACAUAUAGAGGAUCCACUUUAUGGGACACAUACAGAUUGUGUAAACAGAAUACUGGAGAAAACCCUUUAUCAGGAUGAAGCUGCAGCGCUCGAUAUGUAUAGAAAACUUGUGAGCCAGGAUAGCGAUGACCCAAGACUUCCCGCUGUAAAAUCAUCAGGAGCUGCACAUAUACAUUCAAUGUACUUACAACUCGGCAAAUACUCAGAAUCUCUACACUAUCUUAAAGAAAUGAUUGGCCUGAACCCCCGAUACACCGGUCAUCUGGCUAAGGUGGUGUCCAGUGCCUCUGUGAUGCUGAGCAAUGGAUGUAAGGAUGGAGUGAUGGAGAGCAUAGAGUUUUAUCUGAGAUACAUGAACAAGGCAUUCGGUAAAAUCAGCCUCCCGGCAGCACUACCAAAUAUACUGAUGCAGUUACUUCCGCCAGCACAAGCCUUCGCCUGUUUGGAGAAAUUUAAUGUACGGGUUAACUUGAAAGAUAACCAGUUCAUCACUCUAGAACUGAUGAGAUUAUAUGUAAUGGGAAAAGACGUUGAUUUACUGGCCACAGCAUACAUUGCCUUUCUGAAGCUCGACAAAAAGCCGACCUACCAGGCUGGAGUUGAUGUGAUAUUACGACUGAUAAAGGAAGACAGAAAAGACCUUAUCCAAAAAGUGUUAAUUGAGAUGACGUUACUGAUGGAACAGCCACUAGCAACUUUCUGUUAUAUGGUUGCUUUAUUGCUCAAUGAAGACAUAGACGAUGCAAGAAAACUAUACCAGAAAAAUCCAACUUUCUUGAAAACUGUUUUAACUACUAAUAGCAUAGCUGUACAAAGGCUGUUGUUGAACCUAUUUAAUAAGCCAAAGUUGAUUGAUAUCCUCCUUGAUUUUGUGGUCGAGUCUGAAGAUACAGAAGCUGAGAUCUAUUUUGAAAAUAACUUGUCCGCAGCACUACAGAACUUUAAACACUUAAGAAAAGCACAAUCAUUUUCAACUUUGCUUCAGUUUUGUUCACAAAACCCGAACACAAGCCUUGCAACGUGUAUGAUAUCCGUAACAGCCCAGUUACCUCAUCUGAGGAUGCAUAUGCAAAAAUUUCUGUGAUAAAUUAAACUGUGUGUUAGCGGUACUGUGUGUAUUUGGAAACUGUGUUUAAGGGGUGCUGUGUGUAUGUAGAAACUGUUAGCGACACUGUGUGUAUGUGGAAACUGUUAGUGAUACUGUGUGUAUGUAGAAACUGUUAGCGGCAUUGUGUGUAUGUAGAAACUGUUAGCGGUACUGUGUGUAUGUAGAAACUGUUAGCGACACUGUGUGUAUGUAGAAACUGUUAGCGGCAUUGUGUGUAUGUAGAAACUGUUAGCGGCAUUGUGUGUAUGUAGAAACUGUGAGCGGUAUUGUGUGUAUGUAGAAACUGUUAGCGGCAUUGUGUGUAUGUAGAAACUGUUAGCGGUACUGUGUGUAUGUAGAAACUGUUAGCGGUACUGUGUGUAUGUAGAAACUGUUAGCGGUACUGUGUGUUUGUCGAAACUAUUAGCGACACUGUGUGUAUGUAGAAACUGUUAGCGGUACUGUGUGUAUGUAGAAACUGUGAGCGGUACUGUGUGUAUGUAGAAACUGUGUGUUAGGGGUACUGUGUGUAUGUAGAAACUGUGUGUUAGGGGUACUGUGUGUAUGUGGAAACUGUGUGUUAGGGGUACUGUGUGUAUGUGGAAACUGUGUGUUAGGAGUACUGUGUGUAUGUGGAAACUAUGUGUUAGCGUUACUGUGUGUAUGUUGCUGGUAGUAUCAGUGAAAUAUGCCACCUUUCCAUCUGUUAGUUUUAUAUCCUGCAGAUUUUGGCAGAUCAUGAAUAUAUUGAUAUAAAUGGCCAUUUGUCUUCAUCAAUAAGAAUAAAAAAUAAUCACCAGCUAAGUGGAGCAAUGGCCGGCCUCUUAGGAUGUCCAUUGUUUAAAUUGAGCAGAAUUUUAUAAGAAAAAGCUGUAUUUGUCCCAUAGGAAAAUUUUUAUCGGGUUAAAAGUUUUAGA